UUAGAUUACUACUGUGCUGCACUCUUCCCGGUUUGGAUUGUAAACUGUUGAAGCAAACAAGAGGAGGUGAAAUCACGUCGGUUGUUCGUUGUUAGUUGGUCAGUAGUGUCUGUUUUGAGUCUUUAUCCAGAACCAUGAGCAGGAAGAAGAACAGUGUGCUUCUAGAGGUCGAUAGAUCAAUAAUUGAAAAUAAUCUACUCAUUGAGGAAAACCAAAAUGAAGAUCUUAGAGACCUAUUUCCAACACGUACAUCACAGCAAACAGAAGAUGUUCCUUGGAAACUUGUGAAGCCCACUCCAGGAAUAUGUGUGAAAACACACACUGAGGAUGGAGACAAAGUGUUCAUAAACAUCUGCCAGACGCCUGAAUUGCCAGGCCCAGACGAUAUCAGCGAGGAAACUCUUGUGAAGAUCUGGUCCUCCGAUGACCACUCGUCCUUCCGGGUACCCAUGAGCAUCGGCGAAGCUCACGAGGAAGCGGACAAAGCGGGGAAUCCCACAGUCGCCUACGACGUGGCCAUUAACCCCGAGUUCUACAAGAAAACAGAAAAUAGUAAAUUAUUUCUCACUUUUCUACUUACUGUCGUCAUGGAAGGAUUAAUGGACAAGUACGGUCUUCAUCUUGCAACAGAAGAUUAUGUAAUUUUGAAGAACCGGAAGGUAAUGGGUUGUCUCCUGCCUCAUCGCGUGAGGCAGACAGGAUCAAGGAAGCCGGCGGGCCCCCUCAUCCAGGAGAUGACACCUCCCGUACACACGUCCAGUCGUCAGCCGCGGUACAGGAUCCGACGGGAACCGCCUCGAUCCGAGCCCCCUGAAUAUUUGGUGGCAGAGUUCUUUAUGAAGGACGUGACAAAUAGCCGCGACGUAACGCUGGACGUCGGAGAAGACAGAAUUGUACUGGACAGUCCCGGACGCGUCGGCCAGCAGGGCUACCAACUUGAUGCGUUCAUACCGUACUCGGUAGACCAGGACAAGUGCUCGGCAAGCUUCAACACCGAUACCAAGAUCCUGACUCUUAAGAUGGCAGUCAUUUCUGAAAGCUAGAAAGUUUCAGCGCAUUUUCCUUUUAUAUUUCUCGGACUUAAGUGAAGUCCUCAUGUGAUGACAAUUUUUUUUUUU